AUGGCUGCUGCUCCGGCAGCAGGCCGAUUGUCCGGAUCUGGCUCUCGUGUCUGCUCGGCGUGUUUCACACAAUGUCUUCGCCAAUCGUCGCGGCCGCACAGCACUUUGAGAUCUGGCCUGCACGCAAAUAGGAAGCUCCACAGUGGCAUAUUUCCCAUCGAAAAGGUCCCUAGAAGCACAAUCCCUCAUUCGCAGAGCUUUGUGAACGACUAUUUCUCAGCCAACACCUCAAUUGAGAGAGGAUGGAUUAAGAGUGGGAUGCUAGCUGCGGUCCGCACAGUUGCGGAACCAACAGGACGAAGGGAAAAUGAUGUGCCUGGCGAAGUCACACGGACGCGAGCACAAGGAGAACUAGAAAAGGCGUUAUCCUUCAAAGAGGAGCCCCUGAAUCAAGGGAGCCAGGGCCCCGACAAUGGGCUGGAAGUCAGCAAAGCUGUUGAAAGUGGUGAAUCAGAGGCAGAUGUGUUGCCACACAGAAGACGGAAGAGACGAAAGAGCAACCCGGACACAUCAGAGGAAUCCCUUCCUUUGGACGCUUCGUCCCAGUUGACGACUGCUGCGACCGCGAUGCCUAAAUCAGCUGUCUUCCGACGGAAGCUGGCCACGUUCCUCUCGUUGACCAAACCGCGACUAUCUUUCCUGAUCCUCCUCUCGACCACUUCGGCUUACAGUCUAUAUCCGCUUCCGGAAAUCCUAUCCUCUACGUCCUCGUCGGUAACUUCAUCGCUUUCCACAUCAACUCUGACGUUACUAUUCCUCACAUCAGGCACCUUCUUGUCAUGCGCCUGUGCCAACACCCUCAAUAUGCUUUUUGAGCCAAAAUAUGACGCUCUCAUGUCCCGAACGCGAAAUCGGCCUCUUGUAAGAAAGCUGGUCUCUCCGCGGGCUGCCGCCUUGUUUGCCUUGGUCUGCGGUGCGUCUGGCCUGCUUCUCCUCGGCCUGGGGACCAACCCAACGGUGGCGGGACUGUCGGCUCUUAAUAUCUUUCUUUACGCUGGGGUCUACACGCCAAUGAAGCGAAUCUCGGCGGCAAACACGUGGGUCGGCGCGAUUGUGGGCGGAAUACCCCCUUUGAUGGGCUGGUGCGCAGCUGCAGGCGAGGCUGCCACCUCCGAGCACCACUCAUGGCAGGAUCUGCUCUUUUCCGAGAACUCGAUAGGAGGCUGGGCCCUGGCAGCUCUAUUAUUUGCCUGGCAGUUUCCUCAUUUCAUGUCCCUGUCGCACACCAUUCGAGAAGACUAUCGAAAUGCCGGCCACAAAAUGUUGGCCUGGAUGAAUCCUGCUCGAAACGCACGUGUUGCUCUGCGGUACUCUUUGGCUAUGUUCCCUAUAUGCGGGCUUCUCUAUUUUACGGGAUAUGUCGACAAAGGCUUCCUCGUCAUCAGCACGGCAUGCAAUGUCUGGAUGAGUCGAGAGGCGAUCCGCUUCUGGAAACAGCAAGGAGCCGGAGGAAGCGCCAGAGGACUGUUCUGGGCCAGCGUCUGGCAACUUCCCCUUGUUUUGGUUGGGGCUCUCGUGUGCAAAAAGGGACUAUGGGACGGCUUUUUCAGCACCGAUGAACCCACCAGUAUCUACGAGGAGGGUGACGUCGGCAGCGAUGGAGACACUCUUGGGAUGGACCCAUCAAAACCUCGACAAAGGCCGCAUCCGCCUGAUAUCAAUUUGGCCAUGAUGGGGUUCAAGAGACCAACCUGA